CGGCAUCCAGGGAGCAGCUGCAGCCAUGGCUUCCCCUUCCUGAGCCCCUCUUCUGCCUCCGUCCUGCCCUGCAUGGUGUGGGUGCCCUUGGGACAUCCGAGGACCAAUCGCCUGACCCUCCUGCGCACGUCUAACAACAGCUGCACGAAGAUGUCGGUGGCGUGGCUGCUGGACUGGAGCUGGUCGCUGGACGGACUCCGGGACUGUAUCGCCACGGGCAUCCAGUCUGUGCGGGACUGCGACACCACGGCGUUAACGACGGUGGCCUGCCUGCUGGUCCUGUUCGUGUGGUACUGUUACCACGUGGGCCGGGAGCAGCCCCGAGCCUACGUCACUGUGAAUUCCCUCAUGCAGAGCGCGGAUGUCAACGGGCUGCAGAACGGCUACGUGUACUGCCAGUCUCCCGAGUGUGUGCGCUGCACCCACAACGACGGACUGAACCAGAAACUCUACCAUAACUUGCAGGAAUACGCCAAACGCUACUCCUGGUCUGGCAUGGGCAGGAUCCACAAGGGCAUCCGCGAGCAGGGACGCUACUUGAACAGCCGGCCGUCCAUCCAGAAGCCCGAAGUCUUCUUCUUGCCCGACUUGCCCACCACUCCUUAUUUCUCCCGAGACGCGCAGAAACACGACGUAGAACUGCUGGAACGGAACUUCCAGACCAUUCUGUGUGAAUUUGAGACCCUCUACAAAGCUUUCUCCAACUGUAGCCUUCCGCAAGGAUGGAAAAUGAACAGCACCCCCAGCGGGGAAUGGUUCACUUUUUAUUUGGUGAACCAGGGCGUGUGUAUUCCCAGGAACUGCAGGAAAUGCCCACGGACGUACCGUUUGCUUGGAAGUCUUCGCACCUGCAUUGGUAACAAUGUCUUUGGGAAUGCGUGCAUCUCGGUGCUGAGUCCUGGGACAGUUAUCACAGAGCACUAUGGACCUACCAAUAUCCGCGUCCGAUGCCACUUGGGUCUGAAGACGCCCAGCGGCUGUGAGCUGGUGGUAGGAGGAGAGCCCCAGUGCUGGGCAGAGGGCCGCUGCCUCCUGUUUGAUGACUCUUUUCUGCACACUGCAUUCCAUGAAGGUUCGCCAGAAGAAGGGCCACGCGUGGUCUUCAUGGUUGAUCUGUGGCACCCAAACGUGGCGGCGGCCGAACGCCAGGCCCUUGAUUUUAUCUUUGCUCCAGGACGAUGAGCCCUUCUCGGUGCUGGAGUGGGUCAGAGGGACAGAGGCUCGGCCUGGGAAGGGCUCCGGCACGGGGUGCCCCUUGCUGAGGCGGCACUGCCACAGACAGAAGCCUGCCUCCGUAGGAAGCUUUCCUUUGGGACUAACGCCAUGCUGGAUUUCUCCCUUCCUUGGUUAUUGCAAAUGGAAGUUUCCAGCUUGUAUUUUCUUAGGUUUGGUCUUUUCCAGUCAUCCGCUCCAGGGUUUCUUUGGAGCCCACCCCCGCCUCGUUUUCUCUCCGUGACGCUGGGCACAGCCCCCUGUUAUCUUAUGUUGCUCCCGCGUUUAGAAGUGUUAAGAAUCAGAGUCACCACAAGGUGGUUUGUUCAACGUCAUCCUGUGAAAAUUCUUGUGGUCAUCUUAAAAAAAAAAUCACAAAACGAGAAACAAAAGCAGAGGGCUGCCGGGCGAGCUCGGCUCGGCGUCUGCUGCCGUUCUGAUCACCGCCACGGCGGACCCUCUGCCUGCCUCCGGCCCCGGCCCCCUCCCGACUUCAUUCGCAGGGUUCGGGGGCUGCUGGGCACCGUGUUUGGGGCAGCCCCAGGACCCGGGGAAACGGCCCUCCUGUGCGCCACUGCUGUUUGGCUGGUGAUCGCAAAGGGCAUUUAGACUGGUGGGACUGGAGACUGUUUAAACAGCACUUUCCUACAGAGCUCAAGCCGGCCCCCUUGGGCCCACUGCUGGCUCCCCGAGGCUCAGGCCCACAGAGGGUGAUUCUCUUACCUCACUGCCUACAGAAACCCCACUGCCAAAUCGGGCACGAAGUAUUCCCAGGGUGAGCUCUUUAAGGUAGACGGCAGGUUAGCUGGAAAGGCUCUCGGAGGAAACGGAAUCACUCAGUCACCGACAUUCCAGGGAGGCCCCUCCAGCAGAGCUGGAAGCUUACACUCGACCGGUCUCUGUUCCGCUUUGGGGUUUCGUCGCCCACAAUUCGCAUUUCUCGUGUUACCUAAAUGUCUGCUCUCUGGACACGGCGUGGCCUCGGGAUGUGGCCGGGCCCGGGCCCAGGCCCAGGCCGGCCGUCUCAGUGGUCACUGCCAACUGAUUGUGUGUGCGCUUCUUGGUGACGUGGUGCCGACCAAGCCCCAAAGCACUCCCAGCCUCCUUCCCGAAGCGCCAGCCUUCUCUGAAGGACUUGCAAUCUUGCGUCUGGACAAAAAGGCCGGAGACUGGUCCGGCAGGACGGGGUCGGGCCAUCUGGGGGCUCAGUGGUGAGGAAACAGCCUCCUGUCGGCCUUGCUCAUCCGCUGCACUAGAUGCCUUUAUUCAGGAGCGUGUCCUGGGCAGGAUGGAUGGGGAAGGAGCCAAGGCCCAGCACAGACUAAGCAGGGGGCAUUUUCCCCUCGAAAAAGCACGCCAGGGUCCAGAUCCCAGCGGAAAGCUGCUGGGAAGAACCCACAGAGAGCAGUGAGUUCACUCUGAAAGGUCCUUGCGUUAGUCACUAGCCGAUAUGCAAAGGAGGGGUCUAGACCAGAAAAAUUUCUAUGCUUUUUUUCAAUAAUGAUAUGGCGGGAAAAGGCAGAAAUUUCAAAUACACCUUAAGGAUUUUUACACCUAAGAACAACCGAGGUGCAUGAUUUCUACACAUAUUGAAUACUCUUAAAAUGAGUCAACAAAGCAAAUAGUAUUUCUGGGGAACUGGCUACCUGGAGCAAUGUGGACCGGAUGUGGCACAGGAGAAUAAUAAAGAACUUGGCUG